CGCCAAUCACAGCACGCGGAUCUGUGCGCAGAGAUUCAAACUGUUUGAGUGUGUAUGGUUGGUGGUUCGAGUUGAGUGUUUUCCAGUUAAUAUUCGUAAUAUUAUAUUCGAUUAGCAUGUGGAAGAUUAACUGAAUAAAGUUAGAACAUACUUUAAAAUGAUCGGUCCAGGUCCUUACAGGGCAACAAAACUGUGGAAUGAAAUUAUCAAGCUCUUCCGGGGAGGCAUGCCACUCCGCCGACACUGGGCGCAUUUCCGUAGCUAUGACAACAGCUUCACGGGUUCCGAGGCCGUGGACUGGCUGCACGCGCUCCUGAAGCGCAAUCACAACUUUGGGCCUGAAGUAACGCGUUAUCAGACGCUGCAGCUACUGCGUAAGUUCCUGAAGAACCACGUCUUUGAGGACAUUAAGGGGCGCUACGGCAAGGAGGACUUUGAGGACAACGGGCAAUUGUACAGGUUUCCUCCCUCCUCGCCCCUGAAGCCGCUUCCCAAGCGCAGGCCGCUGGCAGAGAGCGGCUUCCUCCCCAAGCUCCCCGGCUGGGACGACUACGAGGAAGUGCCGCUGCCCGAGAAGGUGCCCAUGAAGCCACUCAUUUUGAAUUCCGAGUCCUGGAAUAAGAGGCACAGCAUCGCCAUCGGGGAAGUGCAGGAAUGCCGGCUGAUCCGGAGGCGGGAGAUCACACAGAGGCACGUGGACCACAUCUGGAAGUCCAUGACCUUAGCACACUUGCAGAGGGUUCUGGGCCUGGAGUCUCUGGACGGAGUGCUGGACACUAAGACGCUGAACCCAAAGCACAUCGUGCACAACGUGUACAGUGUGAACAAGCAGGGGAUCGUGGUGCUGAAGGAGAGAUCAGGUGAUUUACCUCACUGGGUUUUAUCAGCAAUGAAGUGCUUGGCAAACUGGCCCAACGGCAGUGAGACCAAGCAGCCCAUGUACCCCGGGUUCGAGAAGGACGUGCUGAAGACGGUCGCGGACUACUUCCAGAAGCUGCAGGAGCCGCUGCUGACCUUCCAGCUGCACGAGGUUUUUGUCAAUAUCCUCGGCCUGCUGCAGAGGAGGCAGGUGGCAGUCGAUGCCCUGCAGGUCUGCUGCCUGUUGCUGCCCCCGCCAAACCGCCGCAAGCUGCAGCUGCUGAUGCGCCUGAUGUCACGCGUCUGUCACAACCCGCGGCUCCCCGUGCUCAACGAGGCCAUCGGGACCCGCACGCUGAUGGUCCAGACCUUCUCGCGCUGUGUCCUGCGCUCGGCUGAUGAGGAGGACCUGGACGAGCUGCUGGCCACCACAGCUGGCCCGCUGCAGGUCCAGAUUAAGUACUCGGGCGCGGAUGCGGACGCCUCCCUGGUGUCUCCCUCCUUCUGCAGACAGAUCAGCAAGGCAGAGUUUGAGGAGCAGCGUCUCCGUGGCUCCCAGGAGCCAAUGGCGGAGCUGCUGGAGGGCAUCAUCAGCAACAAGGACCUAUCCGUCAAGGACAAGAAGAAAAAACUGAAGCAGUUCCAGAGGUCAUACCCAGAAAUCUACAGGAGGCGGUUCCCGACGGCGGAGAGCGAGGCGGCGGUGGUGGUCCCGGAGAGGCCUGCGUCCCGGAUGAGACCCCAGCUGAGGUUCCUCGCCCUGAAGAAGCCCUUCCAGCCCUUUCAGAGGAGCUGGAGCUUCAGAGCCUGAGUCCGGCUCGGCCUCGGAGCCUGAGUCCGGCUCGGCCUCGGAGCCUGAGUCCGGCUCGGCCUCGGAGCCUGAGUCCGGCUCGGCCUCGGAGCCUGAGUCCGGCUCGGCCUCGGAGCCUGAGUCCGGCUCGGCUUCAGAGCCUGAGUCCGGCUCGGCUUCAGAGCCUGAGUCCGGCUCGGCCUCGGAACCUGUGCAGUAGUACAGUACAGACCAGGGUCAGAUUGAAACCCACUUUAACUCCUUAGAGGACUGGCAAACUUUCCUAAAUUUUCCUGAAGAUCUUUGAAAACUUUCAAUGAAACUUCAAAGUGACCAAUAUGUACAAUCAUAUUAAGAAAGAAUUUAUAAAUAAUCAGUAAGAUUUUGUCUGGUGUCAAAAGGGUUAAUGCAUUUCGAAUAAUUGGUCCCCAGUUUGAGUUUUAAAAGGACAAAGUCACUAAAUGCUUCUGCAUGGGGUUAUUUUUUAAUAUUUAAAUAUGCUGGUCAUAUCACAACAUGACACUAAACUAAAUUCUCACAGCAAACAGAUUAAGCUGUUUUUAAAUUACUGUAAUGCUGAUUAAUAUUUGAAACAAAUGUUCAGCAAAGGUCUGUUGGGGUCUGUUUUAUCACUACAGUUUGGCCUGGUGCUUGCAUUAAUUGUACAACACUGUAAGCUAGAAAUGGCAUUUUAACCCAGAAAAACAUUUCAAAAACGGGUUUUCGCUACAAUUUGUUCGGUCCAUUUAUCGGUCCUGUGAUGAAUACAGGUUUGGACACAACUGGUUAUUUUCACAAAUGUUUGUGUCCUGGAACACUAAUAUAACUGCUGUUUGAUAGUGGUUGAUUGUUUGUGAUAGUGGAUAGUGAUUGAUGGUUGGUGGCCUGAGGUAAUGGGUGGUUACUGAUGGUUGGUGGUCUGAGAUAAUGGAUGAUGAGUGAUGGUUGAUAGUUUGAGAUAAUGGAUUGGUUACUGAUGGUUGGUGGUCUGAGAUAAUGGAUGAUGAGUGAUGGUUGAUAGUUUGAGAUAAUGGAUUGGUUGCUGAUGGUUGGAGAUAAUGGAGUGUUCAUAUCUGAACAUGGAUGGUGGUUUCGUCAGCAGUUAAGAUGAGAGAUGGAAGAACAGCUGAUAAUCCUGGAGAACUGGAACAACUUGCACUGCCUCCAGUGUGACCUGUAGAGAUUUCUCUGUAGAGAGGUCCUCUUCUUCCAUUAAUCUGCAAAAGCAUUGUGUGAUAUUCCAGGAAAAUAUGUCUGUUACAUUUGCAUCAGUUUUCAAUGAGGAAUAAUAAUAAUAUUAAAAUGAAUAAUAACGAUAAUAAUAAGGAAAUCUUGCAAUUUCAAGUUAUGGUCCCAUGUUCAGUGUUAUUCUUAAAACAAGAUUGACUUGUAUGUUGUAAAAUACUGCUGCAAAAUACUUUAAUGUACGAUAGUUCACAGAUAAUGGUUGACUUGAUUACACUGGAAUACAUUUCACUCAAGUCCUUAUUCCUUGACCAAUUAGAAUUACUAGAAUUACUAAAUAGGACUGCGGAUAUUGUGCCGAAUCUGUCAUGUUAAGAAAAAAAAUGGGGAGUCUUUAGUAGCUCCAACUGUAAGUUGAGUUUCUUUAAAUCUUAAACGAGUGUUAAAUGCUGAUCGUGUCAAAGCUGUCUACAAUAGGUGACAAUGGUACUCAUUUCACUCUCAUCUUCCCUUGGAGUGAUGUACAUUUCCUAGUUCCUAACUACGACUCAUUCUUGAAUAUGUAAAGUCAGAUCUUUGCUUGAGUGAUUAGUGAAGUCAUCUUUACCAUGUUACUGUGUGUUUUAACACUGCUGUGUUCGUAUUAGUGCCUGUUGACACAAGGCUGUUACUGUUUUAUGCCAAGGGGAGAUGGACUUGUUUUGUUCAGAAUAUGUCAAUAAUAUCUGAUUGACUAAGUGAUUCCAGUUUGUUUCUCCUGAAUGACACAUCAGUGGGUUUUGAUUGUGUCACACGUCUGUUAAAGACUGGAAUGUUGUACAAAGUCUUUAAAGACUGGUGCUUUCUAUAUAAACCUAUGAUCAGUAUAUGAUUAAACAUAUCAAUAUGCACUACACACAAGCUUUGUGCUUCCAUCUAAAAUUUGAGUAUUUGAAAUUUUGUUGACUUUUUUCCUGAGUACUUGCAAAAAAACAUUUCAGAUGACACUUAGUCAUGUGGGGGUUUGAGAAUUGAAAUUACUUUGGAAAAUAGUUGAAGUUUGCAUCAAUUGUUAAACCCUCCCAUGGUUUUUAUACUGUAGUCUCAGAGAUUCGUAUAUAACUGAGUAUAAAUUUUAACACUGGAUACAUUCUGUGCUUUUUAUAUGUAUACAUUAAAAAAAAAUUUUUUUACAUGUUUAACUUUUAAUUGUAGAAAAAAAUGUUUUUUCUUGUGAAUGCUGGAGUUUGAAUGUUACAUAAGUUUUUCUAAAAUCACAUGGCUGGAAUUAAAAAGUGUAGCAAAUUAAAGAAUUUGUUUUUUUAAA